AUGUACAGAAUAGACGUUUCAGAUUUUUAUGACUUCCAAGCGUUCAGAAAUAUGUGUCCAUUUAGAGACUAUAACAAAGCAAUCGAGAAUUUGAAACGUUUAGUCAUUUAUGUUGACUCUGCCCCAGAAUGUUAUGUCAUGAAAGAAUGGGAUGUAGUCUUUAACAAACCUAAAGCGACAAUAGUUUCAGAACAAGAAUGUAAACAGAAACUUAAGAAAAUAAAAGUCGUACAAGUUGGUAUGAAGAUGUUAGAUGCUUGGGAUAUCUUAUUGUCAAAACUUGAAGAUUUUCAGUUCGUGUAUAAGUUCUAUACACCUUCUCCAAACUUCUAUUCUAUCUUCACUGGAUAUAAAUACGAACAAGUAGAAUGGAAAGAAAAUGUUAUAGAAGCUUGGUUAGACCAUGUCAAAGAAAUUAUAUGCAAUGGAAACGAAAGAGUCUAUGAGUAUAUCUUAUGUUGGUUUGCAAACAUCUUACAACAUCCAA